GGAAGCGUGAAGAAGGUACAGGCCGGUCGCUGACUAGCACGAGGGUCGACAUGCGAAGCGCGCGCAGGAAUGGCAGCGCGACGCGCAGCCGUCGCGAACGCAACAACCUGUGAUACUAGAUAUAAUUAAUAGUAGUAGACAUAUUAGUAAGAAACGAAUACGUCCGUGAUAUAAUAUAUAGACCUGGAUAGACAGUGUAUUGUGUGAAGCCGCCCAUAUGAUCGUCCCUAUGGCAGCGUACGCGCAAUUUGGUUACUCAUACGCGCCCCCCUCGCAGUUGCUGGUCGGCAGCAGCGGGGCGGGCACCGGCGGCGCGGCUACUUCGCCGGACGGAGGCUCAAGCUCAGCCCCGCCUCUGUCUCCUGGGGGAUCUGGUGUGGCCGGUGGCGCUCUGUCACCGGGCGCCGGCAGCCACGCCAGCACGCCAGCCGCCUCCUGCUGCGACACGCCCCGCCCUAUCAUCACAGACCCUGUCUCCGGACAGACGGUCUGUUCCUGUCAAUACGACGGGGCGAGACUCGCGCUCACCUCAUACCCGAGGCUAUCGAGUGCCGCAGUCGGUGUCUACGGCACGCCAUAUCCCUCCACCGAUCAAAAUCCGUAUCCCAGCAUAGGCGUCGACAGUUCAGCCUUUUACUCGCCUUUGAGUAACCCUUACGCGCUGAAGGAGAGCGGCGGGGAGAUGUCUGCGUGGACGUCGGCAGGCUUGCAGCCCUCCGGCGGCUACUACCCCUACGACCCGACGCUGGCGGCCUACGGAUACGGAGCCGGUUACGAUUUAGCUGCGAGACGGAAGAAUGCUACUAGAGAAUCGACAGCCACCCUUAAAGCGUGGCUCAACGAACACAAGAAGAACCCUUACCCCACGAAAGGGGAGAAAAUUAUGCUCGCUAUCAUAACUAAGAUGACGCUGACACAAGUCUCGACGUGGUUCGCGAACGCACGCCGACGACUUAAAAAGGAAAACAAGAUGACGUGGGAGCCAAAAAACAAGGCAGAUGAUGACGACGACACGAUGCUCUCAGACGAGGAGAAGGACAAAGAUGACCAAGACGAUAAACUUAAAUCCCACAAAGAUGAGGAGCGGAAAGGGGACGAGAUGCUGCAAGGGAUGCACCAUCAGCUGCUGAGCUACGGAAUAAAGGAAGAAUCUAAAAGAACUUCAGACUGUGGGGUGCCGAUUCCGGCUUCCAAACCGAAAAUAUGGUCGCUGGCAGACACCGCAGCCUGCAAAACGCCUCCUCCCGCCGCGCAGCCGUGGCCUCAACACUCAUACGGACCUCCCGAGAGAGCAGCACCAAUUGACGGUAGCUCGAACGGAUUUGCGUUACCUGCAACCGCCGCGGCAAGUCCUGCAAGCGGGUCUUACGGUCGCUACGGAGGAUUUCCUGGUAGCCAGUACAGUGGACAACACCCAUGCGUGCAUCCGGCAGCUUUUCCUGAUGUGCAAACAGAUACGCCACCGCAAACACCACCUAAUAUGAAAGUUCCGAGUGUGGCGAAUCCCCUGGGUAGCGGCGGAGGCUCGGGCUACUGCUUUCCUCGACACCAACAGUCACCUCAGCGCGACCCGUAUCACAAUCCACACCACGCGCCGACCAACCAUCAGCCUAAUCAACCUCACCACAACGAAGGCUCUGCGGCCUUCAAACCCUUCUAUAAAAGUUCCAUUCACCAUCCCAACGGUUUCGCGUCGGCCGUCUGAAAGCGGUUCUUGCAGUACUAGGCGAGCGGUAAAGCACGUGGGAGCUGGGUCGCUGGAACGAACUUGAACCUAUAAGACAUCAUCAGUGGCACAGCGUUUUCAUUCUUAUGAUAAGACAACGCAUACGUAGGGUAAUAGAACUCGCCUAACAAACGACUAGGUCGAUAGACCCUUUGUAAAAUUAAAUUGAUUUGGUAAAUAAGUUUAUUUGUUUAUCGCAUAGUGUAAUUUUAAAUUCCUAAACUAUUAUGCACAUAUAAUGAUAAAGAAAUCUAUUAAGUAAAUACUUUAUACCGUUGUUAGUGAAUUGAACGAUGGUUGUCACCGGUAAUUUACUACUCAGAUGUCUAACGAAAUAUUGUAUAGAAUCGACAUUGCUCAGUAUUUUUAUAGAUUUAAGAUUGUAACAGAAUUAAUAUCCAAAUUAUUUAUAGACAAAAUGAAAGCGCAAUUACUUAUGUGUGAAUGUUGAAGCUACGAUUGGUUUUAGUGAAAAUGUGAAUGUCCUUGUUUCGUCGGCUCGAGUUUAAUGUAUUUUAAGGGUCUUAUUACAAUGUAUAAGUAGCUACAUUUCGUUAAGUUCUUCCAAACAUUUAUUUUAUUUGAACGUUAGGCUUUCUUUAGUUCAAGUGCCAGAUAUAAAUUUGUUUAGAGUUUAAGUGUAAUAAAAACUAAAUAAAGCAGUCGAUAUUUUGUUUUACACAGAAAUUUCCCUGUUCACGCAAGCUAUUGUUUAAUUUUGUUAAUGUCUAAAUAAUGAUAAAAGGACGUCGAUUUGAUUAUUGUUGUUGUCUUGUAUAUAUACAUAUAAAAAAAUGUUUUGUAGAUUAUCUAUUUUAGUUUGUGGAGGAUUGUACAAAGUAUUAAGGGCAGUUUCGCAGGUAUACGCGACAUUGUUGACAUUACUUCGAAAUUUAAAUUUUUAAAUAUUGUUUCAAAUUAUUAUAAUUAGAAUACAUUGUAAAUAAAAUUAUAUUCCGGAAUGUAUUUUCGUUAAAUGAAUUCAUUCGCAAAUUGAAAUAUUGUACAUUCGACAUUUCCUUGACACGCCGUAACGAGUUGGCAAAAACAAUUUUCGAGAAUAAUAUAAAUAAAAAUAAUAACUUUCUUUAUCUUUAGUAUUAAUUAAAAGCUAAAUUUUAUUUUAAUAUCAAUUAAUCAUUUCUUCUCCACAAAAUGUCGAAUUAUGAACGUUAGAUACGAGGACAUGACCCCGACCUAAGCAUCUGACCCGAUAUAUUUCACACGUCGCACUCGUUCGGUGAUUACAAGCCGAUCCUUAAGAAGUAACUGCUGUCAAUCUAAUUAUAAGUACAUAUAUACGAGAAGCUGUGCAAUAGCCUUGAAAUAAAUAAAUAAAAAAAGAACGAACCAAAUUUACUACAUAUUUACAACAGCACUAACAUUGAUUUCCGAUUACUUAUGCCGGUUUUUUUUUUAAUUACGACCGAAAUCAAUUUCUCUAUGUGUAAAUAAAAAUGUUUGUAUCGAGCGGUUGCAUACAGAAAUAAAAAAUGUUUUUUAACAUUUUUACGAUUACUUUACUAUACAACGAUUCUUUAUAAUAAUUUUAUUGUAUACAGAUUUGUUAAGAUUCGAUCAUGGAAACAAGGGCGCUUUUUUAUUCACAUUGAAAUUUAAUUCUAUUUUUAAAUAAAUGAUAUACUUUCAAUUUAUUAGAUUGAAUUAAUAUUUUUACGUCGGUCGCGAUAAAAAAAAAUUAAGACAGCCCUGGCUUUUGUGAUCCAAUCAAAUGGAUCGAGGCUUUCAAAAACUAAACAAAAAAGGAAUUCUUAGAAACAAAAUUACUAUGUGACCAAAUCGAAUACAUUCGCUUAAUAUUAAAUGUUCUACAUAGAUAUUUAUAGAAUAUAUACCUAUUAAUAUUAUUAUUAUUAUUAUUAUGAGUAAAAAUUAUGUAA